AUGGGGCGGACCUCAGCAUCUGCGGUUAGCGCGGCACCUGGGCGCUUUGAUCGUUGCCAUUCUGUGCACGAGCAUCAGUUCGAAAUCGCUGCACGUGUUGAAGGGCAGCAGGCCCGGCUCGCUGGACCUGAGGUGGCGUGGCCGGAGCUGAACCUGCGGGCGCCGUCGCCGGCUGUGGAGCGUCGGCACGCCGGCAUGAGGCUGGAGCUCAUCAGAAGCCGCCAGGUGCAGGAGAGUGACGAGGAGGGCCGGCCGCCCCGCUGCCUGUCGGCCUGCGCGGCGAACGGUGAAACUAACUCUGGUAUAGAGGCAUCACCGUCGCAGCGGAGCCUGUCUGGGGGCCCCGUCCCGAAGGAGGUCAACGGUAGCGAGUUGGAGGUUUUGGAGACGCGCAGAGAGGCCGCGCCCAAGAGCGGCUGGAUUCGAGGUGGCAGUCUGCGAUUGGGAAACACCGGAAUCAACAGAUGGCGCUCUAGUAGCCUGAACAUGGGCGAGGAAAGCCAAGCAUACCGGAAGAAAGUUCUAGGUGUCAUCAAAAAGAAAAAUAAGGAUAAUCAAGAGCAUGCUUUGCCUCCGUUCCGAGCUGCGUCACACUCGCCGCCGCUGGCCGCGGCCGGCCGCCGCGCGGACCGUGCGUCCAGUGAGGCCGCGCCGCUGCUUGUCUACAACCGCUGCUUGGCCGACUGUGCGCUGCCGGCAGCCAUGAUGCCGAUGAUCGGCCGCGAGACGCGCGCCAACUCCAGCCCGCUGAUCGUCAGCCUCUCGCGCCGCCGCUCGGAGAGCUGCGAGACGAGCGUGAGCGGCGGCUCGGACGGCUCGCUGCCCUCCGUGGCCAGCUCCGAACAGGAACGGCAGCAGCGCGGGUGA